AUGCCACCCUCUUCUUCAAAAGAGUUCCGAAGGGUUGGUUCUGGAUGUCAUGCAUUGUUUUCUAAAGAAGAAGCCCAACUCUAUGAAUGGAUAAUGGAGCUUCAUAAAGAUGGUUUCACAGUUAAUCAUUCUAGUAUUAAAACAAAAAUGGUUGAAAUUAUAAGAUCAAGUGCAAGACUAGCUCAAGAUGAGGCAAAGAAGUUAGCAAUUGCUAAUUUUAAGUUUUCACAUCAUUGGCUUGGUUGUUUUUUAAAACGUUAUGACCUUUCUCUUCACUGCAAGACUAAUAUUGUGCAAAAGUUGCCUGAUGACCUCGAGAAUAAGCUAUUAAAGUUUUAA